GUUUUGUGACGCUGUUAUUGUUUGCGGUUGAUAAACAUCUCGCCACUAGCACAAUGGAACUCAUGAAUAAGGAUUUGUUGAUGCAGACGAAAGAUUUAUUGUUGGGUCCAGUAACAACAUUUAGACAGGAUUCUAAAUUAGUUGCAGCGAUAGAUAAAUUGUUUACCAGUAAACAUUUAUCUGCAAUCAAUCAGAAAGAAGGUGGAUUGAUGUUACCUGAUAAGAAACAUAAUUUUAGCGAGGUGCAACAAUUGUUGUCACAGUCAACAGGUGACAUAAAACCCUUAAAUGUAACGGUUAAUGAAUCAAAUCGAACUAGAACAGGUAUUAUAAAGAAAGUAGAAGACAUUCUAGCCGAGAUCAAUAAAACAGCAGAGAGUGGAGAAACCCCUAAGCUUGUCAUCAGAAAUCAACGGUUGUGGGGAAAUUGCAUUUAUGAACUUGAUCGCGUUACUUUGAAAACCUUUGCUGAAGCCAAAAAGACGACGCUUCUGUACUCCAGCUCUGAAGAUAAAAGCAGAUUUAAUAGAAUAGUGUUUGUGCUUACGAAGGUUCACGAACUACUUUCCAAAAGUCUUAUAGUAACUAGAAGGGAACUAUUCUACCAAAACGUAUGCAGACUCCGUAACCAAGCCAACCUGGACGUGGCAGUGCGAGACGUAUGCUGCCUCCUCGAGUGUCCACCAUGGGAUCUGGGCAUUGUGGCUACUUCCAAGGGACUCAUCGCCGGGCCCCUGACAAUACAUACCAGGGAUGGAGGUGUGGUUGAAUGUAUGGGGUCUAAUGGCACACUGAUUAUGCAGGAUAUUAAUGGAAUAAAGAAAUUUACAUCAUCAGCGAAAUACAUACUAGUAGUAGAGAAGGAUGCAGUAUUUCAAAAGUUAUUAGAUGAAGGUGCCUUAGUUAGAUUGGGGCCUGUUAUUAUCAUGACAGGCAAAGGUUACCCGGACGUCUGCACUCGUCAGCUGCUGUGCCGGUUAUGUUCAGAACUAAGGCUGCCGGCGCUGGCUCUGGUGGACGCAGACCCUCACGGCUUCGAGAUCUUCCUCACCUAUAAAUACGGCUCCCUGGCUCAGUCGCAUCUGUCUUCUUCGUUGGCCUGCAGUUCGCUGUUGCUGCUCGGGGCCCGCCAUCAGGAUGUUAUGACUCUUGCAUCGAAGGAAGCCCGGUUGGACCUUUCAGAACUUGACAAACGAAAAUUAGCAUCGUUGUUGAGAAGACCUUACCUGGACACUCCUUCUGGGUCGCUAAUUAAAAAGGAGCUUGAUGCAAUGCUAUCAAGUGGUGUAAAGGCAGAAAUAGAAGCUCUCGCACCCACCUCUGCUGCACUUUGUGAUGCAUAUUUGCCAUCGAAGUUAAUUCAAGCUGAAUACUUAGGAUAGACAAUGUACAUAAGGUACAGGAGGGUGGCAAAAGUUUCGACUGGCGGGUAAUUUCAACUAAUCGGUUUUUUCUG